AUCGAGAAACCAAUCGAGAGUGCAGCCUGACGCAAGCUAUAUACUCCAGUUAGCUCACAGACCAUCAUCACGGUCAUGGGGUGCAAUAGUAGUCUGGCCAUGGUCUCCAUCCUGCAGCUGUGCUUGAUCAUCGGUGCCGCCGCCGCUGGCCCGAGCAAGAUGGUGAGGCUGGUGCCGGCGAUGUACGUGUUCGGGGACUCCACGCUGGACGUGGGCAACAACAACUACCUGCCGGGGCCGAACGUGCCCAGGGCCAACACGCCCCUCAACGGCGUCGACUUCCCCGGCGGCGCCCGGGCGACGGGGCGGUUCAGCAACGGCUACCACGUUGCCGACUUCAUCGGUACGUAUCUAAGCCAUCGAUC